AUGGCUACGCCUCAUUCUGUGAUAUGGAACACGCUAGGAGAGCCCGGAUUUCUCUCCGCCUUUAAUUUAUCCGUCGAUCUGUCUUACGCCGCUCAGAUCACUGGCGCCAUCAACGGUCUGCUCUGGACUGGAGGUGCAGUUGGCUGUGUCGCUGCUGCAUGGACGUCUAACGUAUACGGACGGAAAUGGACCAUGAACGUCGCUGCGGUCAUCUCGACGAUAGGCGGGGCGCUCCAGGCAGGAAGUGUCAAUGCAACUAUGCUCAUCGUAGCACGGUUCAUCACCGGCUGGGGGAUUGGCAUGAUGGCUGUUCUCGUACCCAUAUUCCAGGCGGAGGUCAGUCCACCGGGAUCCCGAGGCCUCUUUGUAGGCCAGCAUGGGAGCUGGACUGUGACUGGAGACGCCAUUUCAGGCUGGAUUGGCGUCGGGACGUAUUACUCGUCCAGUUUGAGCUUCCAAUGGAGGUUCCCGUUUGCUGUACAAUGCUUGUUCCCAUUGUUACUACUCGUGUGCAGCCCAUGGGUACCCGAGUCCCCUCGAUGGUUGCUUACGCAAGGCAGGGAGGCCGACGCCUGGAAGAUCAUCACUGCUCUGCAUUCAAAUCCCAAUUCGGACCCGGAUCAGGUUUAUGCCCGUGAAGAGUUCAACCAGAUGGUCAAACAGGUUGAGAUGGAUGCCGAACUGUGGCUAAACAAGGGGGGCAUCAAGCAACUCGUGACGAAGCCUUCCUACCGGAAACGCAUGUGGAUGGGGUUUUUCACCCAGUAUGCUACCCAGAGCACGGGUGCAAUGGUAGUGUACAAUUAUAUUGUGACCCUGUAUAAAGAUCUUGGCUUCGCUGGGGCGAAAGUUCUGAUGCUCGGUGCAGCCUACAUAACUGUGGCCGCUGCUUCGAAUUUCCUCGCUGCUGUCCUCAUGGACCGCAUGGGACGUAUACGCCUGCUUCUGAUUGGACUGACGGGCUGUGCGGUGUCUCUUUCCCUCGAAUGCGCCAUGUUAGCUCAAUUCGGCGGCACCGACGACCUCGUCGGCAACGCGCUCGGCGUGUUCUUCAUUUUCUGCUUCAUAUUCUUCUACGCCGGCGGCAUCGACGCCACCAGCUACGUUUAUUGUGCCGAGAUCUUCCCCAACCACGUCAGGUUUGAGGGGAUGGGUUGGUCGAUGGUCGGCACGUUCUUGAGUACCAUAUUCAUCCGUCCACUCCCGCAGACUAAGGGUCUCUCCCUGGAGGAAAUAAAUGGGAAGUUUGGCGACACGGUCGCUGCGCAUUUCGACGAGGAGCAGUACACCCGGAGGCAAGCUGGUGGAGAUCCUCAGGAGAUGGCAAAGAUGGCAGCUGAAGUACUCAUCGAAGUUUCAGAACAGAGAAGUUGA